AGAUUUGAGAUUUGACUCACAGUUCACAACGAAACAUUUUUUGACAAGCCAAACAAUGUUACAAAAUGAUGCAUAAAUGAACUCUCGUUUCUCUUACUUCUAAGCAGUCCUUGAUUUUUCUUAAUAUUCUUCCCCCACUCAGUCUGAGAGAUGGAGAAUUCUCCUAAAUUACCAGAAAACCAAAGCCCAUUUGUAGUUCCAUCCCCAAACAGUCAUAGUUCGAACAGUUUUAGCAGUAGCACAACCCACAUCAAUGGCCUCCACCAUCCAUCACCGCCGGCUUCACAGCCGUCUUCACCACCCAUAACCAGAUCGGAAUUAAACAGCCCGCAUCCGACCACCUUUGUCCAGGCGGACACUUCCUCGUUUAAGCAAGUGGUUCAAAUGCUCACUGGUUCGACCGAGACCGUCCGCCACUCCUCUCGACCUGAGCCGGUGAAGAACCCGAUUCCUCCCAUGAAGACUGGGCUGAAGAAGGAUAAGUCAACCUCCAGGCUGUACGAGCGAAGAAACGGUCUCAAGGACUUUAAGAUCAGCCCUCUUGGACCUGGUCUGGUCAACACAAAACCCAGAUUAUUGUCUGGGUAUUCGGGUUCGCCCCGGAUGGGAACUGCAGAAGUUCUGUCUCCCAGUAUUCUUGACUUCCCAUCUCUGGUGCUCAGCCCGGUUACGCCUCUGAUACCCGACCUGUUCAAUCGGUCACCGAACGUUGGAGUGAAUGAUAACAAUUUGUGCACGGCAGCAGAAGACAGGGCAAUUAAAGAAAAGGGAUUUUACUUGCACCCAUCGCCGGCGAAUACUCCGAGGGAUUCGGAGCCGCGACUAUUACCAUUAUUUCCGGUCACCUCACCGAGAGUAGCAGGUAUUGCAGAUUCUUGAGUCAGUUUUCUUUUCCAUUUUAAAAAUUGAUGUACUCUUUUUGGUGAUUUGGAAUUUCCAUUUAUGAUCUAAUUAACUCAGCAAUUUGAAACACAGUAUAGUCCAUAAUUUCCUUU